CGGAUGCAUAGCUCUAGUGGGUUGAGUUCAAGUAGCAUAUCUGAAAUUUUAUUAUUCAAUGGUCUAGUGAGACAAGUUGUUUUAGGAGCUUUUCUGAUUUUGAGGAUAAUAAACAGAGCCAAGGAGAAAAAGGAUUUUCAGAGUGAAAGGGGAAAGUGUUAUGGACAGGAUGUUGAAAUCACCUGAUUGGAACUUGACUGAAUUUGGCCAAGUAGACAAUGGCUGCCUUGCUGCCUGUGUUGGAUCUAAUAGCUUAGGGCGGCAGAAAGAUGGAGGAGGUUUCUUUGUUGAUUUUGAACUUGGCAGAUUAAGAAAAUUGAGAGAUGGGGGAGUGGAUAAAUUGCAGGAGGGAAGGAGAUCAACUACUGUGUCACCAUCCAGUUCAUUGAAGCGGACACGUGCAAUUGGUGGAACUCAAAAUGUAUUGUGCUUAGUGGACGGCUGCACCACAGAUCUCAAAAGUUGCAGGGAGUAUCAUCAGCGCCAUAGGGUAUGUGAGCGUCACUCGAAAACCCCAGUUGUGACUGUUGGUGGCAAAGAGCAAAGGUUCUGCCAGCAAUGCAGCAGAUUUCAUUCUCUGGGAGAGUUUGAUGAAGUGAAGAGAAGCUGCAGAAAACGUCUUGAUGGUCACAACCGCCGUAGAAGAAAACCUCAGCCAGAAUCUUUUAGUGGUCCACAAGCAUAUGCAACCAAUAGAGCAGGUGGUAGUGGUGCCUGGCCCAGUGUUGAUAAACACGGCCAGAAAUUGCAUGCAAUUAUUCAACAAAGUACUUCUUCAAAUUCCUUUGCUCGCAUCUCCAGUAAAAUAGAGAGACAAUUUCCGUUCUUGCUUGUCAAUGACCCUGAAAAAAGCAAUCAAGCUGCUUCCCCCGCCAAAAAAAUGACCUCUCAACGGCUUCCUGAUACCAAUGCUUCACCUGCAAGUGGUAGAGGUCCCCUGAAAAUGUUAUCCAACACAUUGACACAAUUGGAGGAAUCCAAGCGUGCUCUCUCUCUUCUGUCAACAAAUUCAGCACAAACACUGGGGACCAUUUGGAGCAAUUUGGUGCAGCAGGAUGUGAUUCAUCUAAAUCAAUCUGAACUCACCAGCUCAUGUUUUAGUGACUUCUCUGAGCACUCAAAUUCAAAAGGUAUGGCGGCCGAAUCAAUUGAUCCAUUUUCCAUUCCUGAUGCCCUCAAUACCAAUGAUCCGAAUGGGAUACUAUGUAUUGGUUCUGAUGUAUUGUUGGAAAUACAACCUCAAAUGCUCUCAUUUUCCUGCAAGUAG